CGCCGUCACUCCUUGGUCGUCCACCUCGCACCACCGUCUCUUCCUCCGCGCGCGCGGAGAGGAGCUCUCCGUGAAUGCGCAGCGACGCGAGGCGGUUGCUGCAGAACCUCCGCGGGCGCCGCCCCCUGUUCACCUCCCGAAACCCUCCUGCUUCUCCGAUGGACCGGUCGGAGCGGUACUGCUUCAACCCCGCGCUGAGAUGGGACCCUCGGGUGGAAGCGUACUUCAUCGAGGCUUACGGAGCCGAGCACUUCGCUCGCAUUUCCGCAGCUCUAACGCGCCCGUCGUGCUAUUCGUGCAUCCGUGUGAACACACUUAAGUCGACAAGUGAUGCUGUCAUUGAGAAAAUGCAUGCCAUUGCUGAGGAAGCAGGUCUUGGAGACUCGACCGACCAAGUGAAUUCGCAAGGAACUCGUACUGUCGUUGAUGCUGAUAAGGUUCCUCAGCAGAAUGGCGCAUUAACUAAUGCUAAUGGAGAUACAUGUCUGGAAGGACAGAGUAAGAAAGUCCUGGGGUCCUUAGGAGAUGCAGUUGAUCCGAAUAAAGAAGGUUUACCCAGUAGUUUGAUUUCUAAAUGUGACAUACCUGGCUUAGAUUAUGUGGUCUUCAUCAGAGGGUCAGGACCACAUGAUAUUGACUAUGGUUAUGCUUUGGACAAACCUCCAAAGGAAGUCAUGGUCAGUAGGAAAUGUGCAGAGGCUGUCCUCCGGGGUGCUCAGGUGUAUGUUCCGGGUGCACUGGCUUGCAGUGCUCAUGUCGAGAAGGGUGAUGUGGUUGCAGUUUCUGUGGCAGUUGAGCAGCCAGGUCCUGAUGGUGGAUGGGGUGUUAAUAUGACCCGUGGGACUGUUCUACAGGGAUUUCAGACGGAUCCUCUCUAUAAUGAAAGAAAUGGCAUGUAUAUUGGCCAAGGAGUAACGAUGAUGUCAAGGGCAGGCAUCUUCCGUGCCUCUGAAGGAGUAGCUGUUGACAUGAAAAGUCGAGUCUACAGACUGCCUUCUUUUAAUGAUGUGCUUGAAGGGGAGAUAUUUCUUCAAAACCUGCCAAGUAUCAUCACUGCCCAUGCCCUAGAUCCUCGAAAGGGUGAAAGGAUUCUAGAUAUGUGUGCAGCACCGGGAGGAAAAACCACCGCAAUUGCAAUUCUUAUGAAAGAUGAAGGAGAGAUUGUUGCAGCUGAUAGGUCUCAUAAUAAGGUGCUGGAUGUUCAGAAAUUGGCUGCUGAAUUGGGCUUGAAUUGUAUAACCACAUAUAAGUUGGAUGCUCUUAAAUCUGUUUGCAAAAGUCAUGAACUCAGUGCUGCCAUCACAUCCAAUUCUGGUGAUAGUUUUCGAAGUGAUGCUACAAACCAGAACUCUAGCACAGUGGAAUCUCAGGUAGAAAAGGUGCAAGCCGCUGAUAUUGCUGGACUUAGUACGAGGGAUGUUUGUAAUGUCAAUGUUAGAAAUGAGAAAAGCGGUGAGAAAACUUACGCAAGCCGAUCUGAUGUGAGGAAGAGUAUGAGAAGAAUGAGGAAUGGGCCAGGAAGGAACCAGUGCAAGGGCAUUAGGGCGGAGAAUUCCAAAGGUUUUCUACCUCACAGCUUUGAUCGAGUUCUUCUUGAUGCUCCAUGUUCUGCUCUUGGCCUGAGACCCAGAUUAUUUUCUGGAGAGGAAACAUUAGAAUCUUUAAGAAGCCAUGCAAAGUAUCAACGAAGAAUGUUUGAUCAGGCUGUUCAGUUAGUACGCCCUGGUGGAGUUAUUGUAUACUCAACAUGUACAAUAAAUCCUGGUGAAAACGAAGCAUUGGUUCGGUAUGCUUUGGACACUUACAAGUUCCUCUCUUUAGCCCCUCAGCAUCCAAGAGUUGGAGGUUCAGGCCUUGUUGGUUCUUUUGAAUAUACUGAUGGAUAUAUAGAGGAGUGGCUAAAACCAGGGGAGGAAGAACUUGUCCAGAGAUUUGACCCAUCGGCUCCUCUUGAUACAAUUGGCUUUUUCAUAGCCAAGUUUAUUGUCAACAAGGAAACCUAAAUCUGCAGAUGGCUGCAACUUGUGAACUCAGGUUAUCGCAGACUAAACGAGGAAUUGCUCGUGUCUAGCAUCGUCUCUCUGUGGCUUGUGCAACAUCCAUUCUUAGACAGAAGAAAAUUCGAUAUGAAGGAAGAGUCGUUCAAGGCUAUUAUUUUUGCCCUUAGCCUGAUGUCGACCCUACAACCUAAACCGAGAAGGAACAGCUUAAUUGAUUAUGCCAAAGUAUUAGAGCUAGGAUAUAUCAUUAGGCGAGGGCACGGGUGUUUCCAAAGGAAGCGAAAAGCAAUUAGAGACAAAUCAUUACUUGCUUGUGUUAAAUUAAAUACUUUUACAUGCUUUUGCU